CUGUUACACACGUGCAACACACCCCCGUCCACAGUUGGAAGAACUGAAUGCGGCCCCAGCAUGAGUCAACCCAGAAUUAUUUCCUUUGGUUACAAAAAUUACAAAGUGACUAACAAAAAACGGAUUGCUGAAUGCAGGUUUUGCGAUUCAAAGAUCACGGACGGUCAUGAAACUACUUUCAACUUCAACCGGCACUUGAAGAAACACAAGGAUAAACCCCUUCUACCUCAAAGCAGCUGCCUUGGAUCCGGCUUUUGCUUUGUAUUGGGUUGACCACCAUGUGUUGGCCAGUCCUGGCAUAAGGGGAGAGGUGGCCAAAGAAGUGAAAGAACUGGUCCUGCGAGAUGCGGUGCAGGCUGACCAACCUGUGUCUCAUGAGGAGGAAGAUGGAGACCUUGAAGAAGAAGGUCUGUUUGCUGCAUACCGUAAGAGACAGAGGAAGGAUGCUAACACCACUCCAGCAUUACAGCUAAGUCACUAUCUCGACCUGUGUGAAGGACAGAGUGUGCUCUCAUUCUUUGCAAUGCACAUGAAGGCUCGUCCUUCACUAUUUCGAGUUGCCAUCAGGGUCUCAGCAGUUCCUGCUACCAGUGCUCCGGUUGAGCGAGUUUUCAGCCAUGGUGGUAUCAUAAUGCGGCCUCAUUGUGCACAAAUGACUGACAGACUUUUGGCCAAUUUGAUCUUUAGCAAAUGCAAUGCCAGUCUGUAGGUGAAUGAAACAUUGAUGUGUGUGCCACCACCGCAAACAUUCACACAGCUAUCAUGGCCCUCUCUCACACAAAUACAUGCAUGCACACACAGGCAAUAUAAUAGCUAGGCUGGCUGUGGCAUUCUCAUAUUAGUUCUUCUUUUUCUCUUUCACACACAUAACUAAAAAUGCAACAAGUCAACUGCACAUGACAUUUUAAUGUCAGUUCUCUUACACACACACACAGACACAGGGGACUUAUUUAAGAGCUCCGUGUACCAGAUUAGAACCUAGUCAUUGAUUUUAAAAUGACAUUACUUUUGGCUUCAAGUUGAUCAUAUUCUUUCUGCUGUGUAUUGUUUAAAGAUGUAAGACAACCACUUUAGGAGAACUUCACUUAUAUAUGUACUUAUAUACUAAAAUGUGGCUUUUGUUCUAUCAAUUAAACACCCCUGAACAUGUGGAGAGGUGUGAGUAAUUGAAAGAAGAAAAGUCAUUUUUAAGGUUAAGUACUGAUGUUUAAAAGGCACACUGGACUGUAUUUCAAAACUCAAAUCUUGUGUUCAACAGUACAGGGGCAUGUUGCUCAUUCUGAUUUAUGUUGCAAAGUGCAAACUACCUCCUAUGUUCUGAACAAAUUAUUAGCGCUUUUUUGUUUAUCCUUAAAGGACGUUUUUGGUAUUGGCUUCCUGCUGUGCAUACAUUUUACUGUUAAAGUUUACUGUUAAACGAUCACUUCACCUUAAAAAUGAAUUUCGUUCUAUCAGUUACUCUCCCUACAAUCAGUUGAACACAAGAAGAAUUUUUGUUUUUGUCAUAUUCCUUUAAGACGAUUCAGGAAAUUCAGAAUGAAUGGAAGUGACGGGGACUGAUUUUGCUCAGUGGGGGGAGCAGAUCUCAUUCCCUUCCAUCAAGUCCAUUCAUUCGGGAUUUCUUGAAUCACUGAAAACUAAAAUUAUCCUUGUAUUCAACUCACCGUGGGGAGAGUAACUGAUAGAACAAGCCACUUUCAAGGUAAAGUGGUCUUUUAAAGUUUAAGUUUUACAUUUGAAAACCAAACAUUACAUUACAGAUUUUUCAGGUAAUCCUGUAUAAUUAAGCUCAAAGACUGUUAUAGCCAACAGAGAGAGUUGUGUGUUGGGCUUUAUUUUUGUGCAGUAUUUUUGUUAAAAUUCAGUGGCAUCUUUGGAAGGGGAAAAAACCUUGAAGGAAAUAGACAUCUGAAAUGUUAUCCGUAUACCAUUUUUAUUAUUUAUUAAAGUUCAAGUUAAUGGGUUUCUAUUAUUUGUUGCACAAAAUGACACAACAGCACAGGGACUCUGGAUCCUCAGGGUAUUAAUUCUUCAUUUUAUUUUAUGUAAUUCAAGGUGUGAAAGUGUCUUCAGAUGUCUGAAAUUGUAGGAGGGGUGCAUUCCAUUUCGUUCACUUGGUUGUGUUUGAUAGACAGAUAUUGUGAAAAUACCCAAUCUACAAGCUCACAUCUCACAAAGAGUGUAUUGAUAUCUCAGCCAAAAAUUUCCUUAACGGCACCUCCCCAGAUAUUUCUUUUUAAUGACUUGUUUAGGACUCGAGGGACAAAGUUUAGGACUUGGUCUUGACUCAGGACUCGACUCGGGACUUGAGUGCAAAGACUUGAGACUCGACUUUGCUAGUUAGACAUAAGUUGUACUGAUCUCCACAAAAACUCAAUAAAUUCUGUGCUCUUUUGAACCCAAAGUCCCCACUGUGGCAUCAUGAUCAUAUUGUGCAGUUCCCAGCGGAGCGAAUCAAACUAUCACUAUCCAGAUAUUCUCUGAGGUUCUGCCUUUCCAUUAGUUACUGAAUAAUAAAGGUCUCUCUGUGGCUCACUUCAUUAGGGCCUUUUUUUAUUCCUUUAAGCACGUCUCUCAUUCUGUAAUUUCCACUGUCUUUAUUCAGACAGACAUAAUUGUUCAGUCACUGCUUUCACAUACAGACAAUUAGAGUGAGUACUUCAUGUUCCUUGUCCCUCUGUCACCUUGUCUUUCAAUCCCUCCCUCCCAGACAAAGGAGGGGAGGUGGAGUGCAGAGACACAAAAGAAAGAGGGAGUGAGCAGCUACUGCCACCAAGGUGAAGGAGACAAUGAGUUAAUGUAAUACAAAGUGGCAGACCGGGAAGUGUUUCAAGUGUGAUCGAGGGAAGAGUUGAGAAAAGACAAUUUUGAAGGCUAUUCUUUGUUUGGAUGUGCUGCCUCGAGGGAAGAUAAUAUUUGUUCGAGGUAAGCAACUGUGAGGAUUAUCCGAUUUAAUUACCAAGAAAGAUUAUAUACUGCAAUAGAUGUGUGUGACUAUCACUGAGGAGAAACAUAAGGAAACGCGCAGGGCAAAAUCACCAAAUCAUAAAGAUAAGUCCUUUUCGCAUAUAUUCUGUUAUGGUUGUUAAUCUGUACUCUCUGCUUGUUUGGCAUUGAUUUGCAUACAGUAUGAAAACCCUUGCAGCCAUUUGUUUCCCUUCAUUGUUGCACAAAGAAGCAGUUUUUUUUCUUCUAACUCCCAGCACGGAUCACUGUGACUCUUCACCAUGGUGGACCUGUUCGUGGAUCAGGUCCUGGUGAAGAACAACAAGGACCGAGAUGAGCUGGACACGGAACGAGAGAUCGUCAUGCGGCUGCAGAACCGAAUCCUGAUGCUGUUCUUCGCCUCUGCUGAAUGUGAGACCUGCCAGCAGUUUGCUCCCACGCUCUCUGACUUCUUCAAGCAGCUGACGGAUGAGUUCUACGUGGAUCGCUCUGCUCAGCUGGUCCUCCUGUACAUUAGCUUGGACCAGUCAGAGGAGCAGCAGGAAAGCUUCCUCAAAGAGCUCCCUAAGAAGUGCCUAUUCCUGGCCUAUGAGGACCCCUACAGGAGGGAGCUGGAGGCCAUGUUUAACGUUGAGGAGCUGCCCACGGUGGUGGUGCUGCGUCCCGACUGCUCAGUCCUCGUCCCCAACGCCGUGGAGGAGAUACUCUGCCUGGGAACAGACUGCUACCGCAACUGGCAGGAGGCAGCGGAGCUCAUUGACCGGAACUUCAUGAUCAAUGAGGACUUUGAGGAGAAAUCCAGGCGCAGCUUGACUGACCCAGUGAGGAGGUUGAAGUACAAGGUGGAGGAUGAGAAGAAGAAAAAGCAGAAGAAGCAGCGCAGAGGGUGGGGUGGAGGUGGAGAUGAAGGCGUUAAGGCGGAUGGAAGAGGGGAUGACAAGGAAGGAGGAGGGUCGCCAUGGUGAUUGAGGAGAGGAAAUCAGUGAAUUUGCUCAAAAGUUGUUGUGAUUAGUAAUUAAAAAGCAUCACAGGCCAAACAAAACUGCUUUCACAAUGCAAAAAUGCAGUUGUUCUCAUCCUGAUGUUAAUGUUCCUGACUUUGCUGUUUAGAAUCAGAAGUGAAGGCACAGCUCCAGUGUAGGCCUGGGUUUGCCAGCAACAAUACAAGAUAAUGGCCAACAUCUAAAGGAACACUGACCGCUGCUAACCAGCACUGACCUCAGCUCUAUGGUGUCUUUGAAUGCUGCCAAGUACAGUCAACAUAAUGUUUGGUCUGAGCCAAGUCGUGCCAUUACGGCUUGUUUUUAUCACACCCAGGAGAUUGUUCUGACCAUUCUUCCAUUUUCAACAGCACAGCCUCUGAAAUGCACUUUUUAACAUGAUAAUUUGCGCCGUCCAAUCACAGCACACCAUGCAUGAUCUGAAAUCAAUGAAUUAUUCAGCACCAUUAAAAUAAUUUUGUUAGUGA